ACUCUUAAGGAAGUAAAUAAAUUAAAGUUAAUUAAUAGAAGCAAAAAUUUCAAUACAUAGAUGUUGUAAUCUUUACUAUAGAUUGUUGACAAUCCUCUGCGUUUAGUUCAAGUAUUGAAUGUUUGCUCUUGAACAAAUUAACAACAAACUAAUUAUGAUCUGUUCAUACUCGAGCAAGUUCAUAAAUCUAUGAGAUCUCUAAAUACUUGUAAAUACUUGAAUAUCGGAUAUGAGAUUUGGACAGUGUACAUAAAUACGCUCAAUAGUGUGUAACAACUCCGAGAGCUUAUUAUUAAACAAUUAAGUUUUAUUUAUAACUUAGUCAAUUAAAUAGGCUCUAGAGAAGAAGAGGUACUCAAUCUACUUAUAACCUCAUAAGAGAUCGCAUAGGUCAAAAGAAUACAAAAAAUAGUUACAUUUUAAUCUUACGGCUAAUGUCGAUAUAAAGCCGAUUACAAUUUCAAUAAUGAUUUUAAUUGAAGAAUACUGGUUAUUGGAAGCUACUUCUCUACUUUCUAUAAAUAAUCCUUCCUUCGCACUUUCAAUAGUGUUCAACUUUAUUUGGAUUACUCUAUAAAAUAAGAAAUCUUCUCUCUGCUAUUAAAAAAACUCUUUAGCAGUUUCAUUUAAUUUUUUUCUUUCAAUAGACUAUCGAUUUAUUGCACUAAUUAUAAUUAUGUUAACAAAAUAGUUACUAUAGAAAGCUUAGUAUUAUAUUUAAAUUUAAGCUUUUUGGCGGGUACUUGAAAGCAUGCAAUAUUUUUCAAAGAUGGCGGCCUUCAGUAGAGUAACCCGCACACUUAAACAACCUCUUGCUUCUCUUAAUAAAAUAUGUCCGUUUAUUAUUUUAAAUAAGAAUGAUCAUUUUAAAUUAUUGUUUAUUGAAAAAUAAAGUAUCAUUUUAUAAAUCUUUUUUUUAACUAUUAAAUGGAAUAUUCCGUAUUAUCGCCUAAAGGGAGAAACUUUGGACAACCAGUGUCUCAAACGCAUCCUGAAUUACUUCGAGAAGAUGAGGUAACACCAGGAAUUACACGAAAAGAAUAUAAUCAACGCCGACUUAAUCUUAUAGAACAUAUACAGAAUAGUCUUAACAGGAAAGAUGUUAUCGCUGUCAUUCCAUCAGCAUCAACUCAUUACAUGUCAUAUGAAGUUCCAUAUCCUUUUCGUCAAGAUACAGAUUUUAUGUAUUUGACUGGAUUUCAGGAACCAGACAGUUGUUUAGUUUUUGAUUUAAGAGAGAAUAAAUCGAUCUUAUUCGUUCCGAAAAAGGACCCAAUGAGAGAACGAUGGGAUGGUUUACGUAUGGGUUCAGAGAAAGCUUUAACUUUUACAUGCGUUGAUGAAACCUACAACAACGAUAUGCUACCCAAUUAUUUAAAGAAAAAUUGUCAACAAAACCUAAUCUUGUAUGAUUAUAAACACGACAGCGACUAUAUAAAUGGAAUCAUUAGGAGUGAAGUAGAUAAAUCUGUAGCUCAACCAAUCAAUUUUUACAUUCAUAAGCUGAGAUUAACUAAGUCAAAGAGUGAAAUUGAACUUAUGAGAAAGACUUGCCAAAUUGCUUCGGAAAUGUUUAUAGAAACAAUGAAAUUCUCUAAAAUUGGUGUUAACGAAGCUCAUAUUCAUUCAAAAUUAGACUUUGAAUGCCGGCAAAGAAACGCCCAGCAUUUAGCUUUUCCUCCUGUGGUUGCUGGAGGUGGACGUGGGACUAUAAUUCACUAUCUAAACAAUAAUAGACAGAUUAAUGAUGAAAUGGUACUCGUUGACGCUGGAUCAGAAUUACAUGGUUACGUUAGUGAUGUCACGCGAACUUGGCCUGUUGGGGGACGUUUUAAACCAGAACAUUUAGCCCUCUACGAGGGACUUUUAGAAGUUCAACAAAAAGUCCUCCAGGCAUGCGUUAAGAAUGUUUGCCUCGAAGAUUUAUACCUAUUAAUGUUAGAUCUUUUAGGGAGUCAAUUGAAAAGAAUCGGAGUAAUCAAAGAAAGUGUAAAAGGAAUGGAUAUAAAAAGGCUAGUGCGUCAAAUAUGCCCUCACCACGUUGGGCAUUUCUUGGGAAUGGACGUUCACGACACACAUACUAUUCCCAGAGGUACACAACUGCAUCAUGGUAUGAUAAUAACAGUUGAACCAGGUAUAUAUAUAACGAAUGAUAUGGCUUUUGUUCCUGAAUAUUUUAGAAAUACUGCAAUUAGGAUAGAAGAUGAUGUAUUAAUUACUGACGGAGAACCAGAUAUACUAACAAAAAAUUGUCCAAAACUGGCUAGCGAUAUUGAAAAACUUGUAAAUUGUUGAAAUUUUCAUGUAUAUUUGUGUUUUUGUUAACUUUCAAAUACAGAAUUUUUCUAAUUAAUAAAUCAUUUACCAUAGGCAUAUACAUAUCUUUCUUAAUUAUUGUAAAUGCAACUCUCUUGGACAUUAAAUGGUGAUAUCACAAAAAUGA